GCAUAGACAUAGAUAACGACGGAACCACACGAGUCACCUCAUCCGGUGGUAGAGUCGAUGGCAUACAGCACAUCCCAAGCAGCGAAAAAGAUCGACAAAGACAUUGAUUGGGCAACGGCUGAAUCGGUCCGGGGAUCAUUAGUGAAAUGGAAUCCGAUAGGAUGGUCAAAAGCAAGGAAAGAAAAGAAAAACAACGUUCAAGAGGCCGGUAUAAAAGCUGGAAGUCAACAUAACAGCAGCAUCAGUACGCAUCCUAAUUUCGUAAUAAAUUAGUAGAGAGGUUUUUUUAUUUCAAGUUCAGCAAACAGGAAAGACAUUUUCUUACGAACAACAUGGCCAAGUUUAUGAUGCUCCUCGCCCUGCUGGUUGCCAUUGUGGCUAUGGUUAGUGCCCAGCACGGACAUGGACACGGAAAUGGUGGCUUCGGACACGGUAGUGGUGGCUUCGGACACGGUCAAGUCGGCGGCCAUGGAGGACACGGCGCUCAUGGUGGACAUGCUGGAGUCGGACCCGGAUUCGGUGCUCACGGAGCGCAAGCUUAUGGAGGAGGUCACGGACGCCAAGGAUUUGGUGGUCAAGGACACGGCUUCGGUCACGGUCAGGGACACGGCCAUGGUCACGGACGUGGACACUACUAAGAAUCUGUGAUGUAGAUACAUUAGAAUUAAGAUAGAUUUAAUAAAUGUGAUUGAAAUACCAAAGCA